UUAUCAGGAAAGAAAAAGCCAAGUAAGCAGUAAUAUAUUUAGAGAUAAAAAACAAAGCGAAUUUCAUAAUGCAAUGGCAGAAAAAGAAGGAAUCUACUCUAAUCCAUCCAUCUACAAAGCAGAAGCAUAUUUUCUUCUUCUAAAUUCUAAUAUAUAUUAUAUAUAAAAAAAUAUAAAGAAGAAGAGCAAAGGGCAAAGCGAAGCAAUGGAGUUAAAAGGAAAAACCCUUCCCAGGAGCUAAGGGAAAAAAGUGAGUGACUUGUGGGAAAGCAAAAACAAAGGCCAUAUCUUUGAUGUGAAAAGAGAGCAAUACCAGUUACAAGGAUCAAAGAUUUUCUAGAUAUUUUUGCCUUCCCAGUUAGUUUAACAUGAUGGAAGGAAUCAAAGGUGGAAGAGGAGGUAGAGUUGGUGUUGGUGUUGGUGUUGAAGAAGAUAUGGGAGAUGGUAUGCAAUGCAGUAAUCAUCCUUAUAGAAAUAACCCUGGUGGGAUCUGUGCUUUUUGCCUUCAAGAGAAGCUAGGCAAGUUGGUUUCUUCUUCUUUUCCUUUACCGAUUCGUGCUUCACCUUCUUCUUCUUCUUCCCCGCCUUCUUUUAGAUCUGAUACUGGUGCCAUUGCUACUAGUUGUGGCGGAAAUGGUGGCGUUAGUGGUGGUGGUGGUGGUGUUGCCACUUUUUCCGCUUCUUCACUGUCUAUGUCUGUUCGUCCCAUAACAAAAACUAGGCUUGAUAAUGGCAAUAAUAACAGUCAUUAUGAAGAAUGUUAUACAAGGCGGGCCAGGAUCCCUUUCCUUUUGGCAAAGAAGAAAAAGAAGAUCAUGGUGGCAUCAUCAGAUCAUCAUCACCACCACCACCACCAUCAUCAUGCUAAUAUUGCUUUGAAGAGAAGCAAGUCAACUACAGCUCCCAGGAGAGGCCGGUUCUUGGAUGGUGAAGUAGAUAAUGGUGGAGGCUUCAGUCCCAGAAAAAGAAGUGGUUUUUGGUCAUUUCUCUAUCUUUCUUCCAAGACCCAUAGUUCCAAAAAACCAGACAAGGUUGCUUCAAUAGCACCACCGGCAGUCACUGUCUCAACAGCAACAACAAUGGGGGGACCUUCAUCCUCAAGUGCGGUCGUGAAUGUAAAGCCAAAGGAGAAAAGCUUGGGUUCAUCAUUGUCGAGAAAAGGAGGCAUUGUGGUAGUAGAAGAGGAUGACAGCCCCAACAGUGAAGCCACUGCCUCAGCUGCAUCAUCAUUUGAGCGCAAGGUUUCGAGAUCCAGGUCCGUAGGCUGCGGAAGCCGGAGUUUCUCCGGUGAUUUCUUCGAAAGGAUCUCAACAGGGUUGGGAGAUUGCACUCUCAGACGAGUUGAAUCCCAAAGAGAAGGCAAACCAAAAUCCUCCGCCGUCGGCGCCGCCUCAUCAUCAUCAGCAAUGAAAGAAAGGGUAAAAUGCGGUGGCAUAUUCGGUGGUUUCAUAAUCACAUCAUCAUCGUCUUCCUCCUCAUCUUCAUACUGGUUAUCGUCAUCAGCGGAGGAUCAUAACGGGAAUGGGAAAGCAACAGGAGCAGCGCUGAUCCAUGGGAGGAGCAGGAGUUGGGGAUGGGCAUUUGCAAGCCCCAUGAGAGCAUUCACCAAACCAUCCUUUGGUAAGAAAGAUGCUACCACCGUCAUUAGAGAAUCAAACAACAAAAACACAACUCCCAAUCUGGCUGCCAUUCCUUCCUUAUUAGCUGUUAGAAGCUAAAAAUGAUUCCAGUUAAUACGCAUUACAUUGGCUUAAUUAUUAUUGCCUGUUUAUUUCCAUAUUUAUUAUCAUAUGUUCUUAAGAGACUCUAUUCCUUUAGUAAUGUUACACCCCUUAAUCCCUUCCUUACUUGUUACUACUACUGCAUCACAUAUAUCUGCAAUUAAUUAUAUUUUGGACUCUUCAUAUUUUCUGAUUCCUUAAAUAA